AUGUUGUAAUAGCUGCUGUCUGAACAAAAAGAGAAACAUAUUGUUCUUGACUCCUCUUCACCAUUUGCACACAUCACAGGAAAUGUAAAUGGUUUGUGGGCUCUGAGGCAUCAGCCAGCUCCCUUCUCUCUUAAACACUGCACACUCAAUAUAACCAAUAGCAGCAAAAGACUUGGCUGACACUUCUGGUAGCAGAACACAGCAGAACCCCUUACCAGGGUGCUGAGCAAAGGCAUCUACCACCUGGAGAGCGUUCAGUGACGGGAUUUACACAGUGCUAGACCAUUCCUAUGGUGAGGGAGAUUCUGCACUGCCAAGAGUGACCCACUGCCAUGGGCAGCAGCAGAUUUCACACUGCAUACGUUGGAUGAUAUCAUCUUGGUUCUGAAGAGUCCCACAGAGCCUUCACUGUACUGAGAAUCAAAUUAUGCUUCCUGCUACAGGGCAUCAGAGCUGUGUGUUGAUCCCUACUGUCUGCCUGGAGUAAUGGGAAGUUUGCCCAGCAGGAGCAAACAGAUUGUCGUCCAACCCAGUCCAUCCACCCCCAUGCAGUCUCUGGUGCCCAUUCAGGAAGGUCAGAACAGCUAUGUGGCUGUUGCCCUGUGCAAUUUCCCCUCAGGGGAGGGGACAGAGACCAUCCUGAGGAUGGGGGAGUGGCUGAAUGUCCUUUCAGAGGAUGGUGAGUGGUGGAAAGUGGUGUCUUUAGCAUCUGGCCAAGAGUGCUAUGUGCCCAGCAGCUAUGUGGCCAAAGUGUGGCACAGGUGGCUGUACGAGGGCAUUAGCCGAGAAAAGGCUGAGGAGCUGCUGUUUCUGCCUUACAAUCACAGUGGUUCCUUCCUGAUCAGAGAGAGCCAGACAAGGAAAGGCUUCUACUCCUUGUCUGUCAGGCGCACAAACCACUCUUCCUGGGAUUCUGUCAAACACUAUCGCAUUAACCGUUUGGAGAAUGGCUGGCUGUACAUCUCCCCGUGUCUCACAUUCCCCAGCCUACAGGACCUGGUAGACUAUUACUCUGAAAUUGAGGGUGGGCUGUGCUGCCUCCUGAAGGAGCCCUGCUUCAUCCAAGGGGCCAGCUCAGCACCUCUGCAGAACCUCCCUCCACCUGUGAUUAUCAAGAAGCCAGCUCUUGACUGGAAAGAGCUUGACAGCUCCAUGCUGCUUACAGAGGCUCCAUCUGGAGGGGAGGAGGACUCCCCUGUCAGUCUGGGCCUGCGGGAAGCCAUCAGCUCCUACCUCUUCAUGACAGAAGAGCUACCCCUGGAGCAUGAGAAGACAUGAUAAUGGAAGAGCCCCUGAGAGUGUUACACUCAUCUGGAAGAGGGCAGGGCAGGGCUGGUCUGCCCUGGCAUGUCUGCAGCCCCAUGAUAUUUAUCCCAUUCCCAUGCUCCCAACUGGAAUUAUCAGUCCAGUACUCUAGCUAAGGUAAUGUAUUAGCUGCAUGGCCAGAAACAUGUCUCUGUUCUGACAUGGCUGGCUGGCUGUGUCCAAGCUGCUCCCAUACCCCUGGCCUUACCCUUUCACUGAAUUAUACCUGGUGCCUGCUGGUUGAAUUCUUCUCUCCAUGAACGUAGGAGUCUGGCUGAGCAAGUUGCUAUCUGGAAAUCUGAGUCUAGUCCAUCAAGCCAAAUGUCUAUCUCAGUGCUUUUCUUUGAUAAAACAGUGGCCCAGUUCAAGUGGUUCACAAAAUAAAAGUGCUAUGAGCCUAGCCCAAGAAAUGGAACCAGGAGUAUUGUGUAGCUGCCAAAUAAAA